AUAAUAUGAGAAGAUUGAAACCCAAAUAGCUAGUAGUAGCUUAGGAGUAGUCUUCGAUCAUCAACAUUUCUCUUCGUCCUAAGUCUAUUUCUCUUCGUUCUAAAGCCAUUAUCGAGUUCCUUUGUUCGAUUCAUGAAAGACACGUUGCGUGGAAGCUCUAAUCCGGAAAAUCCACGUAAUAAUUGGUAACACCAUCACAUGCUAUCUAGUACUCCGGCACCGCAAAAUCAUGUUGCUUAUCAUAACGAAGGAGUGGCUCGCCCAGUGGAAUCAAUACAUGUUGAAGUAUCACCCCAGCGGCAUCGAAUCCCAUUUGUCAGCGUCGCUGUCAUGUGACACAACCUCCGUCGUCAUCGAACCACCCGCGCUUCCAGCUACCACAGGAGGAUGUGACUCCGAUCAAUGCAAAGCUCAAUUCGUAGCAACACCAACAUCACCAUCUUCCGUUGUUGUCGAGGAAUCCGUUUCCGCCGCAACUGUAAGGGAUGAACCGCCAGCACAACCCGCCGCCCUCAGGAACGUCGGCGUGGAGGAUGUCUUGGUCUAGCUAGCCGAGAUGAAAGCGUUCUCUCAAGCGUCCUACAAAAAGCUCCAAUCACUUUUGACGGCUGCCAUCACCGCAGCCACGACCCAUGAGGAGGAUGUCACGAAGACCGAGGAGGAAACUGUAACACCCUACCCUAUACGUAUUACCUAAUCAUAUUGUUCAUACAUUUGCAGCGGAAAUAAUCUCGAGUGUUAUAUUAAUUACCAAAAUUUACCCAAAUAAAAUUUCGACAUGAAU